ACAAUGGGUAUAUUCUCCUCCAGGAUUCAGCCUCAGAAGGACCUGAUGGAUCUCAAUGGCAAGGUAGCCAUCGUCACGGGAGCAAACUCUGGAAUCGGAUUAUACAUCCUUUUGCAUCUUGUUCGCCAGGGCGCCAAAGUGUAUCUUGCUGCUCGUUCUGAGGAAAAAGCAAAUGACGCCAUCGAGCGAUUAAAAAAAGAGGGUCUUGGGCUCAAUGCUGGCGAGAUUGUGUGGCUCAAAUUCGAUUUGACGGAUCCCACCAAAGCGAAGCAAGCGGCUGAAUGGGUUCUGGAAAGGGAGGAACGAUUGGAUAUCCUUGGGCACUGGGUCGUAGUAAAUAAUGCCGGAAAAAUCAUGAGUCCAUAUGGAAAGACUGCUGACGGUCUUUCAGACAGUAUGGUCAUCAACCAUAUCAGUCCUUUUUUGUUUACUCGGACUCUUCUUCCUUUAUUGGAAUCCACGGCGCGUCAGCCAGGGUCCGAUGUGCGGAUUGUGAACGUUGCUUCUAUGGCCCAUAGAUGGAUUUCGAAACCUCGAUACAACAGCCUGAAAGCCUUCAAUUCGGAUUUCUCUCACACGUGGAAACCGCAGGCCACGCUUUACGCAUACACCAAGCUUGCGAACGUCCUGUGGACAAACCAACUGCAAAAACGUUUUGACAGCGAUGGCAUCCCUAUCGUUGCAAUGUCCGUCCACCCCGGUAGUGUCAUCUUAACUUUCGGUCGCCUUAUCAAUUGGGUUCUCUCUUUAUUCUUCAUCAGUUCGCUUGAAGGUGGAUACACCCCCGCGUGGGCUGCUGCAGCACGAGAAGUACACGACAACCGUGAGAGAUACAAGGCAAAGUAUCUCGUACCGUAUGGAAAAGUCGAAGAAGCUAGUCAGGACGCAAGGAGUGAGGAAUUGGCCACAGAAUUAUGGCAAACGACGGAGAGUGUGUUGAGUGAUUACAAUUGGAUUUAG